GUCCUUCGCCGUAGUAGAGCGGCAGGAUCCGCUUCCCGUUCGGGAUGUUUUGGCUGGAAUCCCGUCCGCUCCACUUAUUUUCUGCCAUUUUGAGAAAAUACCGUCUGCACCGGAUCUUUCAUCUAAAACAAUGAGAAGAUUGUGCGCACAAGAAGAGUGAAGCAAUGUGCUCCAUGAAUCAUCCAGCCAACUGGGUUACAUUUGAAGAUGAAGGGACAACCUUCUCAGCCCAGAAAUCUGUGUGCUCUUCUACAUCAAACUCGGGUUCAGUACCUCGGCCCAAUGGGCUGAAACUUGUUCUGCCAUCCCUGGGAAGUGAAUCAUGGAGCUUCAGCUCUGCCAUCGAAUCCCCUUCCAUGGAUUUCAGUCUCAAUGGGAGUUCAUGUGUGCCCAGCAACACUCCUCUGCACACUCCGGUGGGUUUGACUCCGUCUCUCUUGGACUACGCUCCUCAGGAGCAGCCAGACUUCUCCAGAGGUCUGUCCAGCUUCUCUCAGAGAGACUCUGUGAAACUGCCUGAAGGCUCUGCAUCUCUCAACGCACCCUAUGAUGAGCCAGGCCAUUUUAACCCCUUCUGGGGGGAAGCUGAGCACAAACGAGUGUCCUGGACCUCAUCGUCUGACUCCGACUCUGGACCCAGUUUGCCCCGUUUCUUCAUCCGUACCAAGGAUGGCAAUGAGCCGCUCCAAGACCACCUUCAGUACUCCUACUCCUACAUAUGCCAUAAACUAGAACAGCUGAGAACCGAGGAGAACCAGCAGGAAGGCAAUGUUGUGAAACCAGGAAAGGAGAAGCAACCUUCAGGCUUAGGUGCUGUGAAAGAUCAAGCGAUGAACAAAUCUCAGUCCGCCUUCGUCCUGCAGGGAUUGUUCCUUAGCCAGAGGAGACACGGUUGGUCCUUGAUGCUUCGGAUCCCAGAGAAGAAGAACCGCAUGUCCUCACGCCAGUGGGGUCCCAUAUACCUGCAGCUGCUGCCCGGAGCACUGCUGCAGCUCUUUUAUGAGAAGGGCUUGGAGAAACCUUUCAAAGAGUUCCAGCUGCACGCCUACUGCACUCUCUCUGGUCCGAAGCUCGAAAGUUACGGCGAGCCACGCAAGAUCGCCACGCUGAAGGUCGAGCAUGUGUCAUACAUCGAGAGAAAGCGCUAUCACCCCAAACAUGAGGUGACCCACGAGCCAGAAGUGGAGCAACUCUUGAAGUUUGGCACCACUGAAUAUGGUGACUUGGAGGACUUACUGGUGUCCAUAGAAGAAGAGCUCCUGCGGUUACCAGUGCUGCACCAGCAUCACAAACACUACGAAGAGCAGGAGCUGUCCUUGCAGAUAUCUGACCGCAUCUGGUUGCGGCAAAGUAAGGAUGGCGUUGUUCUUGAGUGCACGGCCAUUACACAAAUUCACUGUCUCGCUUUCUUGAAUGGGGCGGCAGAGUGUUUCCUGGCUCUGAAUGACCUGGGGCUUCUCAGACAAGCUCCUUCAUAUGCCUCUGAUGAGGAUGAGGAGGUCUGGAUGGAGAUCGCAGACUACCAUUUUCAUCGGUGUGUCAGAGAGACAGAGUUUGUGGACAAGCGGCUGAUUAAGUUCUGUCCUCCGGACGCCUGUCGUGUGGAGCUGGUGCGCUACAGGACAGUGUCGCUCCGCUGUGGGGAGCCGCCACUCUCUGUUAAAGCCCUGGUGACUGUGCAGGGUGCUUGCAUCGAGCUGCAGGUCUUCCUCAACGUUUUGUCAAGUUUCCCAUUGCCUACAGAGACGAUCUGUGAAAACAUUGUGGUUCAGGUGCCAUUCCCAGGCGACUGGGUCAAAGUGUCCAACAGCAUGUCACUGCUGCGGCAGAAGUCUCUGAAGGCUCGCAUGAACAGAAACGCGUGUCUGGGCUUAGCGCAUGUGGCCGAGUCUCAGUCUGUGAUGCACGUGUCUGUCGGCACGGUCAAAUAUGAAAAUGUGCAUCGAGCCAUCGUUUGGAGAAUCGAGCGGCUUCCUCCAAAGAACGUGGCUCUGGAGCAGCCUCAGUCGUUGGCGUGUAAGCUGGAGCUUGCGUCAGAUCAGGAGAUUCCCGCCGACUGGUUCCCGUUUGUCAGGGUUGAGUGUGAGGUGGCAGAUGCUGUGGCGUCCCACACGCGUGUGAAAUCUGUGGGCAUCGAAAGUGAUGUUCAGCCGCAGAAACACCUGAGCAGCAGGGCAUACUACCACUGCCAGGUGGAAAUUGAGAAGAAGCUGGUUGAGGCUGAGGCGGUGAAGCCGUCGAGCUGCGCGACACAGUGAUGAUCGAGGACACGGAUCACUGUCUGCAUGUCGCUCACUACAGUGAAAUCACAGUUUUCUGUGUUAUUGUAAUUAUUUUUAUACCAUUAUUUCUCAUGUAGAAUUCACACUCCAGUAUGCCACACAUCUAGUACCAUUAAGUAAACAAAUGUUUAUUAAUCAUGAGGAUAAUGCAACUUUAUAUAUAAAUGUAUUUUUCCAGAGUAUUUUAAUAACUUUAAUGGUCUUAUCCAGUGAGCGGCACUUAACAAUUCUGACCCCAUUUUAGAUUUAUACCAGACUGUAAAAAUAUGCGAACGUGCAUGAAUACAGAUAAUAUGCACCUGAUAAAUGUUUGCAAAACAUACAUUUUACUCAUAAGCCAUGAGACUGUCAGGUGUGCCCUAGGAUAUUUUGGGGCAAGCUGAGGAGAAAUGAUUUGCCCACAGGACACUUGAUCUGAAUCUGCAUGCAACAGUCUUAGGGGUUUUGAUGUACGUGCAACUUAAGGGCCUGUAGUGUGUGAUUGCUUAGAACAGUUAUUAAAUUACGCUUAUGCAUUUACCCUUAUUUAUGUUUAUUCAUGAUGUUAUAUUGACCUAAGAAGAGCAUAUUAAUUAUUAAAUAAAAGCCUGUUAGUUCUUCUCGU